GGGGAAGCUUCGCAGGCGUGCACAGAGCAGUGAGAUCACUGGCGUUAUAAAUAUCCCGGUGCCAGCGCCGAGAUCCGCUCCGGUGGCCUCUCUCUCUCCCCCCACUCCCUCUCUCUUCCCCGAGGCUAUGUCCACCCCGUGCGGCGAGGGGGACAGCGCCAGAGGCACGCAGCCGCGCGGGGGCUACAGAGCCCAGGAGCAGCCCAACAAGAUGCACUUAGGACCCCCGCGACUGGAAGAAUGAGCUUGUCCUUCCUCUUCCUCCUCUUCCUCAGCCACCUGAUCCUCAGUGCUUGGGCUCACGGGGAGAAGCAUCUUGCCCCCAAAGGGCAAUCCGGACCCGCUGCCACUGAUAGGAACCCGGGAGACUCCGGCAGCCGCCAGAGCACUAGUGGCACGACGUCUUCCAGGUCUUUUCCUGCCUCUUCUUCCUCCCCCGCGGCUUCUCUGGGCAACCAAGGAAGCGGCUUGGAGCAGAGCAGUUUCCAGUGGAGCCCCUCGGGGCGCCGGACUGGCAGUCUCUACUGCAGAGUGGGCAUUGGUUUUCAUCUGCAGAUCUACCCGGAUGGCAAAGUCAAUGGCUCCCACGAAGCCAAUAUGUUAAGUAUUUUGGAAAUAUUUGCUGUGUCUCAGGGGAUUGUAGGAAUACGAGGAGUUUUCAGCAACAAAUUUUUAGCGAUGUCAAAAAAAGGAAAACUCCAUGCAAGUGCCAAAUUUACAGAUGACUGCAAGUUCAGGGAGCGAUUUCAAGAAAACAGCUAUAAUACCUAUGCUUCGGCAACCCACAGAACUGAAAGGACAGGGCGGGAGUGGUAUGUGGCCCUGAAUAAACGAGGCAAAGCUAAACGGGGUUGCAGUCCUCGGGUCAAACCCCAGCACAUCUCCACCCACUUUCUACCAAGAUUCAAGCAGUCUGAGCAGCCCGAACUUUCUUUCACUGUUACUGUUCCUGAAAAGAAAAAGCCACCUACCCCUGUCAAGCCAAAGGUUCCACUCUCUACACCUCGCAAAAGUCCCAAUACAGUGAAAUACAGACUCAAGUUUCGCUUUGGAUAACUCUGAUCUAGGCCUUGCCAGAAAGCAUUCUUUUCCCUCAGGAGAUUCUACAGGUGUCUUCAGAGCUCUGGAGAAAAAUCUUCCGUCACAACUUUGGCUGGACUCACUCUGUAUGAAAAGUCAGGUCAUUUGUUUCAGUUUGAAGCAAAAACGUUUUUUUUGAUAGGAAUGGAACUGGAAUUCCUUGUACUUGUAGGAGGAGCACAGCACUUCAGUUCAGAAAGCCUUUUGCUUUAUACUUAGGGAUAUUUAGAAUUCCACAUUUUCAGAAAGUCAAAUAGCCUGGACUAUGUAUUUUUCUGACUUUUUCAGCUCAACCUGAAAGAACAUACAUGAUACAUUUUUUAUUUUUGGUUUCCAAAGAAUAUUUUGAUGCAGAUAAAAUAUUUUAUUAACUUUUUAUUUUUGUUUUUUUAAAUUACCUCUGCAUUGUUCAUAUUUUCUUACUUUUGUUAUUUUAACUAAUAUGACAUAAGCAAUUGUUUUAAUACUGUUUAUGAAUUAUAAAUGUGUUUAUAGUUUAUUUGUAACGUGGAUUUCUUUUGCAAUUUUCUAUUCACUGCACUAUUUUUAUUUUAUUUUUAUUUUUUAGCCAUACCUCAGUUAAUGUAAAUUUAGUUUGAUGUUUUAAAAUGUUUAAAUUCUCUUCCACAGCA